CAGGCCACCUGUGUAAGUCGAACGUGCUGGGGUUUGAUAAUCAGCAUGGAGGCGGGCGAGGUCCUCCGACGUUGCGGGGGCCGAAUGGAGAAGCCGCUCGCCGGUGCCCCGGGCUGCUGAGCUCCCGCCGCUCCCCGCGGCUCGGCCGCCCAGCCAUGCUAGCCUCGCGGGUGGCGCGCGCCUCGUGGGGGACCCUGCGCGUCGCCGCAUGGGCGCCGGGAGUACGGCCAGGCAAGGGGCGCGCCCGCGGGGCAGUGCUGCCUGCCGCGUCCUGCUGCCUGGGCUGCCUGGCAGAGCGCUGGUGGCUGCGCCCGACCGCGCUCGGCCUACGCUUGCCCGGGACCGGCCCGCGGGCCCAUUGCUCGGGAUCGCGGAAGGCGGCCCCUGGGUCUGCGGCUGGAGAGGACGUCGCCGCCGAGGCCCGGAGCGGCCGGUGGGGUCCGGCGAGCGCCCCCAGCCUGUAUGAAAACCCAUGGACAAUCCCAAAUAUGUUGUCAAUGACGAGAAUUGGCUUGGCUCCAGUUUUGGGCUAUUUGAUUAUUGAAGAAGAUUUUAAUAUUGCACUAGGAGUUUUUGCUUUAGCUGGGCUAACUGAUUUGUUGGAUGGAUUUAUUGCUCGAAACUGGGCCAAUCAAAAAUCAGCUUUGGGAAGUGCCCUUGAUCCACUUGCUGAUAAAAUACUUAUCAGUGUCUUAUAUGUUAGCUUGACCUAUGCAGAUCUUAUUCCAGUUCCACUUACUUAUAUGAUAAUUUCCAGAGAUAUAAUGUUGAUUGCUGCUGUUUUUUAUGUCAGAUAUCGAACUCUUCCAACACCGCGAACACUUUCUAAGUAUUUCAAUCCUUGCUAUGCCACUGCUAGGUUAAAACCAACCUUCAUCAGCAAGGUAAACACAGCAGUCCAGUAUUUGGUGGCGGCUUCUUUGGCAGCUCCAGUUUUCAAUUAUGCUGACAGCAUUUAUCUUCAAAUCCUGUGGUGUUUUACAGCUUUCACCACAGCUGCAUCAGCUUACAGUUAUUAUCAUUAUGGUCGGAAAACUGUUCAGGUGAUAAAAGGCAGAUGAAAGUCAUCCAUCAUUCGCAAAGAAGCCAUAUACAUCAUCAGCUGCGGCAGGGCCAGUGAAAAUCUAGAGAGUUCCCUUAUUUUGGUGUUCAGCUUGAAAAAGGACUUGUCAGAACAAACCAUGUCAUCAAAAUUUAAUGUGCAUUGAAAAUAAGCUUGAUCAUGGGCAUAUGCAGAAUUUCCAAUGUAUUUUUAAAUACGAAUAAAAUUAUAAUUUAGAAUUUUUUAUCUUAGGUUUCUUGAUUAAUUUAUAAGGCAGCAAUUAUUCCAAUUGGUGUCAUUUUUUAAUACAUUAAAAAAAGAAAAGCCUAGAGCAUGGAAACUGAAGAGUUGCUACUUCUCUUUAAUAGAAUUUAGAUCAUUCACAAGGAAUUACCUGGAUUUAAAUAUACAUCCAAUACACUUGGCUACACAGUUUUAUGUUGGAUUUUUAGUUCUGUGUACACAUUAACAGUACAUGUGGUUAAUAUUUGAAUGUUUAAGGUAAUGACAAUAAAAGCAGCUUUAGUUGUGGAUGAAGUAAACUAAAGAGAUUUAAAAUGCAGUAAGUUUUGGAAAUAAUAAAAUAGAAGGUGUUGAAGUUUAUGUUCAGAAGUCUUCCAACCUCUCAGGUGCCUAAUAGUUUAUGCAUCAGGAAAAUAGUAGCAAAGUAGUUGGAAAAUGAAAACAUAUCUGUUACCCAUAAAAAAGGCAGUAAGUUACAUCAUGCCUUCCCACUGUAUCUCUUAACGUAACGGUGUUUGUAUGAUAUUGGAACCUGUACUCAAAUGUUAUGUAAAUAAUAUGAAACUGUAUAUUUUUCAAAGGUUUGUUUUUUUUUAAAACUUUGAGGAAUCUUUUGUUAAGAUGUUAAAGGAAUAAAAGAGCUUGAAAAAAGUGUA